AUGGCUGCUGGUGUGGAAGCUGAAUUGUGGCUGGGCUCUGGGCUAGAGCCGGUGCUGUAUGCAGGAGGUGGAGCGCUGGCUGCCGGGUUUGACACUGCCAGUGGAGAAUACUGUGGUCUGCUUGGCGGCCCUGAUGUAGCUAAUGCUGAUGGAGGCAAUGCCACAAAGCUACGAGGUGGAGGGGAGAGCAAGUCAGGGUCACCUGAAUAUCUGUGGGGGUGUUUGGGAGACAAUGCAGCCAGCGUCCCACAACUCAGACGCCAGAAGAGAGACUGGGUUGUCCCAACGAAGAAGCUUUUUGAGAAUUAUGUCUAUCCUCCAGACCAGUAUGUUGCCAGGAUCAGGUCAGACUGGGAUUCAGAGCGGAACCUGCACUACACUCUGCUGGGUCCCGGGGCCAGUCAAGAACCAGUAAACCUGUUUGUUGUGGAUGACGUUUCUGGACUUGUGUAUAUCCGAGGAACACUGGACCGAGAGGAGAGAGAAACCUACAUUCUGACAGGUGUGGCCACAUUUAGUAACGGCAGUACGGCCGAAAACAGAAUAGACCUGAGAUUCGAUGUGGAAGACGACAAUGAUAAUCCACCUGUUUUUGUCCCCGUACCUCCAGCUACGGUCCAAGAGUCCAGUCCAGCAGGGACUCUGGUUGGUAGGAUUACAGCUACAGAUGCAGACAAGGCCAACUGUUCCCAUUCAAAGAUCGCCUACAGCCUUGUGAAGCAGGAGCCCUCUGAUGGCCGAAAGGUCUUCUACAUAGACAGAAAAACUGGAUCCAUCUACGUCAAAGAAAACACCAUAGACAGAGAGAUACACAGCUCCUACACUUUAACAGUUGAAGGAACUGAUAUGGAUGGAGCUCCUGGAGGCAACACAGGCACUGGGACAAUUCAUGUCAAAGUAGUGGACAUCAAUGAUAAUGUACCCAAGCUGGAAAAAGAUGAGUAUGCAGGCAGCAUCGUGGAGAACACAGCCCAAGUGGAGGUCAUGAGGUUCAAAGUGCUGGAUGAUGAUGAAGAGAAAAGUGACAACUGGCUGGCUGUUUUUGAUAUUGUCACUGGAAAUGAAGACGGAAUAUUCAGCAUAGAGACUGAUCCCAAAACCAACGAAGGUGUUCUGAUGCUUGAAAAGCCUGUUGAUUUUGAGGAAAAUCCUGAUAUAAAGCUCGGAGUGGUAGUAUACAAUGUUGCCCCAGCUAUAGGAGAUGGAGACGAUGAUGGCGAUGGUCAAGGAGGAGGAGGAGGAGGAGGAGCUGGGACUGGGGCAGGAGCUGGUAGCACAGUUACAAACCAGUCCAAUAAAAAGAGGCCAAUCAAAGGCAAACUUUACCCAGUGAACAUUGCAGUGGUGAAUGAACCUGAGGGGGUCGCAUUUAAACCCCGAGUAAAGCCUGUCUCUGUUUCGGAGAACCCAGAGGAAAAUCCAUUAAUGGAAGUGAUUGGUGUCUUUGCAGCUACUGACAGUGACACCGGAAAGCCUGCAGAAAAUGUUCGAUAUGCUAAAGGCUAUGAUCCUGACAACUGGCUAUUGAUUGACCCAGAAACAGCAGAGAUUAGACUUCAAAAGUUCCCCGACAGAGAGUCCCCAUUCUUGGUUAAUGGAACUUACUACGCUGAAAUACUGAGUCUGAAUGAGGACAGGCGUUUUGGGAUUGCCACUGGAACAAUAGCGUUGAAGGUGGGAGAUGUGAAUGACGACUGCCCCACACUGACCAACCACGUGGAGUACAUCUGCUCAGACACUGAGGUGAUUAAUGUUACGGCAGUGGAUGAAGAUGGACAUCCAAAUUCAGACCCUUUCACCUUCCUCCUUGUGGAAGAGGAGAGCCGAGGAGAUUGGAGGGUUGAACCUUUAAAUGGUACCAGUGCAUCCCUCAGGGCUUUGAAACCUCUUUGGGCUGGUCACUACCAGGUCGCCUUCAUCAUCCAGGAUCAGCAGGGCCUCGCCUGCCCAGACCCUCAGUACCUGGACCUACAUGUGUGCUCCUGUGAGAAAGGAGAGACCUGCAAACCAGCAGGAAUAGAUGGUCAAACAGCAACUCACAAGGAAUCCUCAUCAACAUUUGGAGGACUGGGAGUGGGGGCACUGAUCCUGGGACUUCUGAUGCUGCUUGCUGUAGGUGUCUUACUGAUAACCUGCUCAUGUGGAGGAGAAUCAGGGAGCUUCUCUGAUUUCCCUUUUGAUACCACAGAACACUUGAUUGUCUAUCAUACAGAGGCCCGAGACGAGAACAAGGAGGUCGCUCUGCUUAGCUCUCCAGUCCAGACAAAGUCUGCUGCCGUAGCUAAAUUAUCAGCCAGCAAUGGAGCUUCCAACACCAAAGCAAACACAACAGCUACCUUAGGGAAUCUUGAGAUGGGCUCUGCCAACAAAACCUACACGUCGAGGUAUGGGGCUGAUAGCAGAAACUGGGAGAGCUUUGGAGAAUCUAGAGAGACCCAGACAGAGUUUUUCUCGAUGGAGGAGGAACUGUUACGGUUUGGCAGCAUGGAUGACAUUACCCUCUCUGAUGUGUUUCUGCAUCAGUACUACUCUCAGAAAGCAAGAUGUGCUGCAAAAAAUCAAGCAGCAAGAGAUUGUGUGCUUGAGUAUGAGUAUGAGGGCCAGGGCUCCCCUGCUGGCUCAGUGAGCAGCUGCAGCCUCCCAGACUCUGAAAAAGACCAGCACUUCCUUGAUGACCUCGGACUGAAGUUCAAGAAGCUGGCUGACAUCUGUUCUCCUCCUCGACCUCCGACACCUCUAAGUUUUGUCACCCAGCAGGUGGAUAAAGUUGACCACAUUGCUGUGCCCUUAUUGGAGAGUAAACCACCCAGCAUCCAAGGCAAGAUCCAAGAGCAAACCCAAAAUGUCAGCAGCAUCAGCAAGUCAUCCACUGGGGUCAUGGGCUUAAGCAGAAAAUCCUCCAGCAGCAUGCAUGGGAUAAAUACCACCAGUGUCACAGGCUUUAAUAGAUCAGCUUCCGGGAGCAUGCAUGGGCAGUUUUCACACUGUACCAGCAGCAUGCCUCAUUUACCCCAUAUUGGUCCUGUUACCACAGCCAUGAUGCCCUCUGUGGCUCAGAUGCUUGUACUACAGCAGCAGCCAGUCUACUACACCACCACCCCUAUGAUGCAGCCAAUGCAUUACAUAGUCCAACCACAACUUCAGAACACAGUGCUUCUGGCUGAUGGGCCUGUCAGCAACCUGCAGAUACACGGGGGAAACACUGCUGGGACUUUCAGUCUGGGUAGAAGAAGAGGCAACAGAGUGAUGGAGGAUAACCAGGGAGUAAAGACAUGGACAUUUUCUCAUGGCCCAGGAGUAGUGAUGGGUGUCAGGAAGAGUGGUCGAAGGAUCAAGUCAGAGAGUGGAGAGGCAGCUGAGACAUGUCAUAGUAGUACAGGGAUGCAGACAGGUCGAUGCAUCAGUUUGGGAGCAGUAGAGUUUCCUGCGUGA